AUGGUCCUCAAACUUCAGAAACCCGAUCUCUGCUUGUACGCGCCGCGGACUGGUCGUCUUGUACGAAAAAACAAGCCAACUUUGAGAUUGUCCCAAUCUACCUUGCUAAGGCCGAGCACGAGAGCCCAGGGUUUCUGGCACAUCAGCUAUUUGGCUAGUUGUGUCCGGAGGACGAUGGAUUUUUUCUCUAUGGUAUAUCGUCGUGGUCUUGGUGGCCCCGACGAAGCUCGCGUUGCUGAGAGCAUCGCCGGUCUCGAGGGAAAACUUGCCGCCUACGAAUCUCUUCUUUCCAAGCAAAAGUGCUUGACUGGCGACAGGAUCUCUCUUAGAGACCUAUCUCACUUUCCUUAUGGGACACUUGUUGAG